AUGUCGCGCAAUCUUGGUGCCGAGGAGGAAUGGGAAGAUUAUGAAGGUGUAGAGGAAGAUGAAGAAGAGGAAGAUACAACCAUCAACAACUCUGAUGUGGUGAUGCGGUACAAGAAGGCGGCUCUGUGGUGUAAUGAAACUCUGCAAGUCGUUCUCGAUGCCGUUAAACCGGGUGUAAAGGUGUAUGAGCUUUGCAAACUUGGCGAUGACACCAUCCUGAAGAAACUCAAGACAAUGUUUAAGGGUACUGAGAAGGGCAUUGCUUUUCCAACCUGUGUUUCCGUUAACAGUUGCGUCGCCCACAAUAGUCCAGCGGCUGGUGAUGAUGCGGGAGAGCAGGAAAUUCGUAUGGGAGAUGUGGUACAUGUGGAUUUGGGUAUCCAUGUGGAUGGUUACUGCGCACAGGUCGCUCACACGAUUCAGGUAACAGAAAACAAUGAACUUGGCUCUGAUGAGAAAGCUGCAAAGGUUUUAGCUGCAACGCACAGCAUUCUUAAUACUGCCAUGCGAAAAAUGCGUCCAGGAACAAAUGUUUAUGAAGUGACUGAGGUCAUUGAAAAGGCCGCUGCGCACUAUGGUGUAACCCCUGUUGAUGGUGUACUUUCUCACAUGGUGAAGCGAUACAUCGUUGACAGUUUCCGAUGCAUUCCGCAGAGAAAAGUUGCAGAGCACCUUGUGCACGAUUACACCCUGGAAGCUGGUCAGGUGUGGACUCUCGAUAUCGUGAUGAGUUCUGGAAAGGGCAAACUGAAGGAACGUGAUGCCCGACCAACGGUUUUCAAGGUAGCACUUGACUCUAACUACAAUAUGAAGAUGGAGUCUGCACGUGAGUUGCAGCGUGAGAUUGAGGCAAAAUACCAGACGUUCCCCUUCGCCCUACGUAACCUUGAGACAAAGAAGGCACGACUAGGUCUAUCGGAGAUGGUUAAGCACAACGCCGUCGUGCCAUACCCUGUCUUGUAUGAAAAGGAUGGUGAGGUGGUUGGUCACUUUAAGAUGACACUGCUCAUCACGGGUAAAAAGAUCGAGCCGGUGACUGGUCUUAAGCUCCAGAAGGCACCACCACUUCCGCCCUACACGGAUGAGUUGCUUCUGACAACAAGCAAGUUACCACUUUCACUGGAGGAGAAGAAAAAGAAGAAUUAG